AUGCAGAGGCAACAGAGGGGCUCUCAGAUGGGUCUGCUGCUGCUGGCCUCCCAGCUGUUCCAGGUGGGUCUGGGCAACAUCCCCCCCGUCACCCUGGCCGUCCUGGGACUCAACGUUUACUACUACCUGGUGCCUAUUGUCCCACUGUCAGAGGCCUGUAUGAGUGUCAGGAUGGUGUACUGGGACGCAGACUGGCUCCGCCUCCUCCUCUCCCCGCUGCACCAUGCUAAUGAGUGGCACCUCGGCUUGAACAUGUCCUCCUUACUCUGGAAAGGAAUCACGCUGGAGCGACGGGUGGGCGGAGCCUGGUUCCUCUAUCUGCUGUCAGUCUUCUACGUGCUCACCGGAUUGGUCUAUCUGCUUUUGGGGGUGUGGCUAACAGAAAUCACUAAGGACCAGUCAUACAGCUGGAAUUGUGCUGUUGGCUUCUCAGGUGUCCUGUUUGCUCUGACGGUGAUCAGCAACUAUUACUGCCCACUGGGUGUGACCAAUGUAAUUGGCAUCCACACCACCUGGGUGGAGCUGACACUGAUCCAGCUAGUAGCACCUGGGACGUCCCUCAUCAGUCACCUGGCUGGUAUCCUGGUGGGUCUGCUCUACAUCGCUGGACCCCUGAGGAAGAUCAUGAAGGCAUUUGCAGGGUUUGUGACAUUAAAUGAAUAUUUCUUCCGGCCAACUACAUACUUCAAUUCUUCAGGCUACAGUGGCACUAGACGAAGACACUCAGCAGACCAGCGGUAUACAACAGAUUACACAACAAAUGAUCCAACACACAGAACAGCGGCGUACACAGGAGGGCUGACAGAGGAGGAGCAGCUGGAUGCAGCCAUCAGAAACAGCCUGAACGACAGAGGAUGCAGCAGCCAGAGAGCAGCUGCUCCUCCACAGGACUUCCACUUCUCAGAGGAGGAGGAGGAGGUGAAUCGUGAGGAGAUCAGAAGGAGGAGGCUGAUGAAACUUGACAGCAAAAUAGCUGGUAAAAAGAAGUCAAACAGGUUUACAAGACAGAUGACAGGAAGAGGAAUCCCCUUGUGAAGGCUGGUCCAAACACGACUUGCACCCGCAACACUGCACGUCUGACACAAACACACAGACUUUGUGGUGAAACAUUCGUUUUCUAAGCAUCUCAGGCUUUGAAAACCCUUUAUUUAGAAAAAUGAAAUGUUCUGUCGUCAAACUCAACUGUAGCUGCACUGAAAAUAUCUAGGUGUGACGUCUUGUCUACAUUUAGCCAGUUUUCUGCAGGAUAAAUAAUAAUAAUAAUAAUAAUAAUAAUAAUAAUAAUAAUAAUAAUAAUAAAAUAAAACUAGAAAAGUGCAGUUUCUGGGGAAACUGCGUGGGCAAGCUGGAAGACGCUGAAAAUUUGAGGUCAAAGCUUAAAAAUGUGAGGUUAAAUCUGCUGAAAAUAAGUUUAAAGCUGCUCAAAACUCACAAUCAGGGUUAGCUUGCCCACUAAUAAAUAUGCAAGAGAAUAAGAUGUGUUGCCUUUUCAAGGCAAACAUAACUAAACUUUGUAAGGUUUCUGAAGAAACUUUGAAUGUGCUUGCCACCCUUGCAACCGCGUGGAUAUGUAGAAAACCAGCAGCCCUUAUGCUGUGUGUAGAAGGUAGUUACUGUGGUCCGGGUAUUUUCCAGGCAGUAUUUCUCAUCUUUUGAGUGGGCACUAGGAUGUCUUUGGGCAGCUGCUAUGGUAUACAGGGUGGUUGCCAAGGUGCUGCUAGGCAGUUGCUAUGGUCUUCCUUAUUGUUGCUAAGGCCUUGCUAGGUGGUUGCCAUGAUUUUCCUGGUGGUUGCUAUGGUGUUGCUAGGCAGUUACUAUAGUGUUCCUGCUGGUUGCUAAGGCCUUGCUAGGCAGUUGCUAUGGUGUUCUUGAUGGUUGCUAGGGCAUUGCUAGGCGGUUGCUAUGGUGUUCCUGAUGGUUGCUUGGGCGUUGCUAGGCGGUUGCUAGGGUGUUCUGGGUGGUUGCUAGGGUGUUGCUAGGCGGUUGCUAUGGUGUUCUGGGAGAUUGCUAGGGCAUUGCUCGGUGGUUGCUAUGGUGUUCUAGCCGUUUGCUAGGGCAUUCCUAUGCGGUUGUUAUGGUGUUUGGGAGGGUGCUAAGGCAUUGCUAGGUGGUUGCUAUGGUAGUUAGGGUGGUUGCUAUGGUUUCGCUGGUCGCGGCUCAUGUUGUUGGCUAAGCUUCCGCUGAGAAUGUUUUUGAAGUGCAGUCAUCUUUAAAAUGUAAAGUAUUUUCUCUGCUCGAUGCUCUGUGUUGUAGAGACUUGAUGCUCAUACAAAACAACUGUCGACACAGAUGUAAAGCAUAUCUUGCACUAGUAUUAAACAUGCACUGUGCAAGCUUUUUUUUAUUUAUUUUUUUUAGAUGGUAUCAAGAGCAGCACCAUGUUUGGAUGUAUUAGUUUCAUGAUGAUUAAUAUUUUCUUAAACUGCAUGACGCAGGUUGAAAGUUUCGCUUCUGUUUACAAAAAUGCACUUAAUGUUUUUUAUGAUAUAAUAAUCUGUAUUGUUGAAAUAUUGACUCAUGAAUUUUAUACAGUCACAGCAGCCAUGGAGGUGAAGGUCAGGUCUGAGUGACGGCCCUGCUGGCCCUGACAUGUAGCUGCUCAGUUAGCUUCACUGCCUCUCUUCCACAGUGGAAACCAGUUUCUUUGCUCUGAUUUACAUUUUGAAUGUUGCUAGAAGUGAGCUGGUUUGAAAUCAGCUCUGUUUACAGUAUUUUUUUUUUUUUUAUCAAAAUAAAUGUAUGUUGCUUUUAGAAGUCCACAAGGUGGUGGUGAUUCAUCUGUCAAAUAUCAUAGAGUAAUGGGAGGAGCAGGAGGCAUGUUUUUGAUCUUUUGUUAUCAGUUUUUCUUUCUCUGGACAAGAAAACAUGUUGAAACAGUAUUUGUAGUAUUUACAGUACUGAGCAAAAUUAAGAAAGUAUACUUUUUUUUUUUUUUUUUUGCCAAAACAACAGCAGUAACAUUUUAAAUAAGAAUGGAAGAUAAAUGUGUGUUGCUGUUUUUGAAAUGCUGAAUUUCAAAGAGCUUUCUUGAUUAUUCAAGAUGCAGAUUAGGUUUCUGGUGUUUCAUACCACAUUUACACACGAGAUUUUUGCUCAAUAAUCUGUGAAUAUGAUGACCAAGCAGGCAGAGCCAUAA